AAAUAAUAAAUAUUAAAUAACUAAAAUCAUUUUUACGCGAUGAAUAAACCAAAGGAGCAACGCAUGAGUCCCAUGGGAUCGGCAUCAGGAUCGGGGUCGUCGGUGCGUUCACCGGCUACCCGCGAGCGUCGCGCCGUCGUGGAGACCUACGAGGGUCCGCAGCUGAUGCCGGAUGAGGCCAUGCUGCCAAUGCCGCCGCACAACAUGGCCCGCAGUCCGAGCGUCCUCCUGCAGGAUACGCGACAAUGGCUAAGGCGUUGCCAGAGCCUGUUGCGCCAGCUGAAGCGUCGCGUCUAACCUUUCGUUCAGUUAUACGUUUCGUUGUAGUUUUACCCAGUUGCAGUUGCAUUCUCAAGCCCACUUGUUUCCAGUUGCUAAAUCUGUUCUUUAGGUACUCCGUUACUCUGUUAAGAUCCUUUGUCAUAAAGCUCCGCAUGUGGACACAUCAGGCCGGAGUUGUCGAAAGCUACCAUCCAUCACACGAGCCAUUUCACCUGAUGUCCAUCCCGCCUCUUUGCCACGGAAGCACUAGAGCA